AUGAAACAUGGAGCUGAUCCGUCAACAAUGAGAGGGAGGGCAUGGCGCUCUCUCGUCGCACUGCCCUCUCGGGUCUAUGUCUCCUCGUGUGCAUCCUCUUCGUCUGUCGAAUAUACGUAUUCGCAACUGCCACCACGUCCGCUGACUCUGGCUUCCAGGGUGAUUCAAAAUUAGCCAACGCGUUACAGGCUCUGCUAGGCACUACAUUCAGCGCGGCGGGUUCAGCGCCUAGCAGCGCAUCUUCCCCGUCCGCCGCGCUUUCCUCCUUCGACCCCAACGGCGUCUGCAGUCCGGCCGGUGCUUCCACUGAUCCCGUGGCGCAGCGAUCGGAUCUCGCUGACUUCUCGCACGUGAACGUCAGCGGCGAUGGCUGGAAUCGGGCCAACGCAUUCGAGCAGUCGUGCUUUCAGAUCCAAGCCUUUGAUUCCCAAGGCGGGCCAUUCGAUGUCGGCUGCAGGCAGCGCGCGUUCUUGGUGGCGACCAUGCGCCUCAUCGUGACUAUGGAUGGAGACACGUCUCUUGCCGACGUGCAGGCGCCGCGAGUGCAGUACCUGCCGGAGUCCAGCUCGCACCUGGUGUGCUACACGGUUCACGAGCACGGGCUGUACUCAGUGCGCGUGGCGCUGCUGUGGGGCAACGCCUUCCUCCUCCGCCAGGCCCUCAACCCCGCCCUUGCUGACGGCUUCUUCAGGUCCAAGGUGGUGGCUCAACAAAACAUCACCGUUGCUGCCGCCGCCGCAUCCGUGGCCAUGGAGAAUGGAACGGAUUCUGCUCCGUUGAGCGAGCAGAGCCUGCCGCGGUGCACGUUCAGCAUCCUGCGUGAUUCAAGGAACCCUGGCUUCUGGCGCGGAGACACGUGGCACCCCACGGCCUGCCGUCUGCCUGACCCCAUCGCUCCCGCCCGCAUCGGCCGCUGCCUGCACGGCAAGAGCGUCCUCAUUCUAGGCGACUCGCAGAUGCGCUACCUGUUUGGCAACCUGCAGAUUCUCCUCCACUACCGCACACGCUGCCGCUACCUCAGGCGCUACCGCAGGCAGCCCAGGGAGGUGCACCGGGUGCGCGUGAAGAACGUGGUGUUCCAGGACGAGCCCCCCAUGGACCCCGCCACCGCCACCGCCUACGCCGCCAACUACAGCAGCUACUGUGGCCAGACUACCUACUGGGGUAACUUCUGGAGCGGCUUCGCCCUGCAGCAGGUGCGCGUGCAGCCUGUGCGGCGCCGCGGCCCCUCGUUCGCCUUCAACCUCACCUAUGCCACGCACAUGGGCUCGGACUACGCUGUCUUUGACGACUGGAGGUCCUCCAGCAACCUCACAGGCGGCCCCAUCGCCACUCACUUUGCCCCAUUUGACAUUGUGGCGGUGUCCUUCGGCCUGCACGACAUCACACGCAAGAAAGAUGCCCAAGAGCUGUCUGAGGCAUUCAAAUCGGUGUUCCUGCCAUCACUCCAGUCAGUGGUUCGCGAUGCGGCGAAUGUCACCUUCUUUGGCAUGUGGGCUGCGCAAGAGAAGGCCAAGCCACAGAGAUAUCUCUAUAAGAGCAACAAUGUUCGAGGAUUCACGUUUGACGACACUAUAGCCAGGAUUUCCGAAGAGAAGAAUUUUGGGCAUUUUGUGGAUCUUCAAGCAUUGACCCUCCCUCGAGGUGACAGGUGUACUGAUAGCACCCACUACUCAUGGCCAAUAACUCUUGCAAUGCUUGAUAUUUGGCUUUCUGCAGUUUGUGAGGAUGUUGACACAUCAGAAUCCGAACCUAAGUGUUAAGAUCUCUUACAAACGAAAAGAGAAGAUGAGGUGAAUGGUCUGUGGUUG